AGCCAAACCCCGCCCUCCAUCCCCGCGUGCCGCCGGCUGGCUGGCGAGGGAGAGCCUGGGCGCUCCCCGGGCAAGCCUAUUGUCUGCGCGGAGGCGCCGGCGAGAAGCGCGCGAGGAGCGGAGGCGCAAAGGGAGAACGAGUGGUCGCGCGCGCGCAGGGGCUAAGGCGCGCGGCGUCCGGGCGCGAUGUGGGGCGCCAGCCGCCGGUCUGGAGCUGCUGAGAGAUUGAGGCAGGAGCCGGCCUGGGCUCGGGGCAGCUGCAAUUGCUGAAAGGCCGACCUGGUACCCCAAACUUUGCCCGUUUGCGCUUUGUUUUGCGUGCUUGUUUUUGAAUCGUACUGUCUCCUCUUCCUCACAUGGAGACGUUAAGCGCUGUGAGGGCGAAAGUCGGGGCGAGGAGCCCUGGCAGCUACGAGGUGGCGGGACCCGGCGAGCCCAAGCCUGCCUCUUCUUCGAGCCCCGCCGGCCGAGGGUCUCCUGCUACUGCAGCGCCGGAGUCCCACGCGUACAGACUGGAGGAUCUGGAGACCUUGGCCACUGUGGGGACAGGUACUUUUGGACGAGUUCAUCUGGUGAAAGAAAAAUCAGCCAAAUGUUACUACGCGUUGAAAGUAAUGAGCAUCCCAGAUGUCAUUCGACUAAAACAAGAACAGCAUGUGCACAAUGAAAAAUCAGUCUUGAAAGAAUUGAAUCAUCCAUUUCUGAUCAGACUAUAUUGGACUUACCAUGAUGAACGCUUUCUAUAUAUGUUGAUGGAGUAUGUACCUGGGGGAGAACUGUUUAGUUAUCUGCGCAACAUGGGACGCUUCAAUAAUAGUACUGGACUGUUUUAUGCUGCAGAAAUUAUUUGUGCAAUAGAAUAUAUCCACUCAAAAGAAAUUGUUUACAGAGACUUAAAGCCUGAAAAUAUUUUAUUAGACAAAGAGGGACAUAUCAAGCUUACAGACUUUGGAUUUGCUAAGAAACUGGUUGAUAGGACAUGGACAUUGUGUGGUACCCCAGAAUAUCUUGCCCCAGAAGUCAUACAGAGUAAAGGUCACGGAAGAGCAGUAGACUGGUGGGCUCUGGGCAUUCUAAUAUUUGAAAUGUUAUCUGGAUUUCCUCCAUUCUUCGAUGAUAACCCAUUUGGGAUAUAUCAGAAGAUACUUGCUGGCAAAAUAGAUUUCCCAAGACAUUUGGAUUUAUAUGUAAAGGACCUUAUUAAAAAGCUGCUUGUGGUUGACAGAACAAGGCGGUUAGGGAACAUGAAGAAUGGAGCAGAUGAUGUGAAGAGGCACCGAUGGUUCAGGUCUAUAGACUGGGAUGCUGUACCCCAAAGAAAAUUAAAGCCUCCUAUAGUGCCGAAGGUAUCAAAUGAUGGUGAUACAUCUAAUUUUGAAGCUUAUCCUGAAGAUGACUGGAACAAAACACCUCCUGUACCUGCUAGAGACUUAGAAAUUUUCAAGAACUUUUAAGUGUGGAGAGCAGAAAGCUUAUUUAAGAAACUGGACGAAGAUCAUCAUAGCUGGAAACUCACCAAGAAGAACUGAAAAUAUUAAUGAAGAAUUUAUUUGAAAUGGGUGAAUGUUACUACAUUAAUCACGGCCUUUAAAGGAAUAAUUUUGAGAAUUGGAAGACUUGAUGAUUAUCAUACUAGUUGUUUGAAUUUAGCAUUAGUUCAGAAAACUAAAAUACUGAAACACCAACCCUGACAUAGCCUCAUUGAAAAUUGCUAUAGUUUUUUUUAAAUUAAAGUUUAUUUUUACUUUG